GGAGCCCCACGAGUCGCUGGGCGGCGCUUGCCUUUGGCGCCGGCUGCGGCGUCGGUUCCGCCUACACCGAAUGCUCGCGCAUUCUCGACGGCCACGUGCCGCGAUUCUCCGCCUCGCUUGCUGCUAGAGCCGCCUCCGCUGCCCCUGCUCCCGCUGCGCCUGCCCCUUUUGCGCCUGCGCCCGUUGCGCCUGCCCCUGCCCCGGUCCCAUCUGCUGCUGCCGCCGCUGCUGGUGCAUCAGGGUCGUCCGAUCAACUGCCUCAGAAUGUUGGUGGCAUGCGGUUUUCCCACAUGCCACCAACAGUGCCUGCUACAGUGGCCCUGCAACCACCCAGGGAUACGCCCUAA